ACUACAGUGAAACAAUGUUCAAAGUUGUGUUGUUUGUAACAUUUUCUGUGUUAUGUGUUGUUCAUUCUCAAAGUGAUGAUGGAUGCAGACAUUCGAGAUCGUACACUAGAGUUAAACGAGGGAAAUACUUCCCCGGACCUCCGCUAAGGUUCUACAAUCGUCCCCCCAUGACAUUCCCCAUAAAAGGACCGUUCUCCUACACGCCACCACCGUUCAUGCAAGACGAUGAACCCCCAUACCCCGGCAGCCGACCCUACAAGGUAACACAAUCAAAAUCGCAAUCUCUCCCAUCGCCCCCUUCGUCGUCCUACUCAUCAUCGCAGUCAUACUCUUCAUCAUCUACUGGCUUAAAGCCAUCUCCUGCAGCAGCAUCCAUCAAGGCUCCUCCCGUAGAACCUGCUCCUCCACCAUCAGUAGCCAAGGAGCAAAGUGAUGCACAUUUGAAGGCCAUCAAGAUAUGGUCCCACAAGUCAAAAGGCGCUGCUUACACGCUUCACGAUGAUGGUACUUUGUCGCCAGAAUGGCCCCGACCGAAAUACGGUAAAUAAUUUAGAUAUGUAAAC